AUGCUCUCUCUCUCUCUCUCCUUACCCUUUCUCUCUCUAGGUUUCUCUGUGUCGCUUUUGAAGUCUUUGCCGGUCGCUAACUGCGAGGGAUCGACCAGCGAUGUAAUCUUGCACCUAUAAAUAGGGGACGCAGCGGGCUCGCCAAGGAUCCGAUCGGUUUCUCCUCAGCUUACAUCGUCAUCUAGAGUUUUUUAAUCGCUCCGCUGCUUCUAGAUUUGAGCCACUUAAAAUGGAUCCCAAUAACGAAUUACCAUAUAACUCCACAAAGUCUGUUCACAACCAUCCUCCACUCAACGAAAGGAUACUGUCAUCCCUCUCUAGGAGGUCUGUUGCUGCACAUCCCUGGCAUGACCUUGAGAUAGGUCCUGGAGCUCCACAAAUUUUUAAUUGUGUUGUGGAGAUUGGAAAAGGGAGUAAGGUGAAGUAUGAACUCGACAAAAAGACUGGCCUUAUAAAGGUAGACCGUGUUCUGUACUCAUCUGUAGUGUACCCCCACAACUAUGGAUUCAUUCCACGAACACUCUGUGAAGAUAAUGAUCCUCUGGAUGUUCUGGUUCUCAUGCAGGAGCCAAUCCUCCCAGGAUGUUUCCUUCGUGCAAAAGCUAUAGGCCUCAUGCCUAUGAUUGAUCAGGGAGAAAAGGAUGACAAAAUAAUUGCUGUUUGUGCCGAUGAUCCUGAAUACAGACAUUAUACAGACAUCAAGGAGCUCCCACCUCAUCGUUUGGCUGAAAUCAGGCGCUUCUUUGAAGAUUAUAAGAAAAAUGAAAACAAAGAGGUUGCUGUGAACGACUUCCUGCCCGCCACUGCUGCCUAUGAUGCGAUACAACACUCCAUGGAUCUUUAUGCAUCCUACAUUGUGGAGAGCCUAAGGAGAUAAGAGCUUGUGCUGGACAAGAAACAUUUAUCAAUUCUGGAUGCCUAUUUUUUACUGCAAACUCUCUCAAUCGGUAAUAUCUCCCUUAUAAGAUGUAAUAUGAACUGCUCUCUAUUUGCGCUGUUAAGAUUACUGGGCUUGCAUUCCAAUAUUUCAUUAGUAAUUAGCAAACAUUUUAAGCUGGUUACAGACUUGGAUGAUGAGCCCUGAACAAAAUGAUUGAUGACAUUUUCUUAUAUACAAAACUAUUAUCCUUUUUAAGCAA